AAAAUCAUUUCCGCUUUGUUCGUCAACGAACACAUGAUUUGAAAUAGAAACAGAAAAUUAUCAGAGAGAAUCGGAGUGGGAGAUAAUGAAAAAUUGGGUGGAAUGAUUUAGCGGGGUUUGAAAUUCUUCAAGUUCCAGUUUUCUCUCUCUCUCUCUCUUGAUGCUGCGAUGGCGACGAGUUUUCGUAUCCCUGUGUUUCUCCCGAUUUCGCCAAGCCACUGUCGCAAGCCUUUCUUCUUCUACCAUCAUCAUGAGCAGCAACUAUGUGCUUCGGAAUGGAGCUUAAGGAAGAGGAACCGGUCCAUUUGUUUCGCCUGUGCUGUCAAACAAACCAGGGUUCGCAAGAAAGUGAAGAGCAAUGAGGAGCUUCGAGGUGAGAUUAUGGAGUUCAUUGCCUUGGUUGGGUUUCCGGAAGAUCAUGUGCCAUCAAUUAAGGAACUCUUGGAUCAUGGAAGAAAUGAUCUUGCAAACAUUGUGAGACGAAGAGGAUAUAAGUUCAUCAGGGAGCUUCUUGCAAACUCAAAGAUGGAAAACAAUAAAGAGUUUGCUUCCGAUGAAACCGCAAAUUUUGGACCAAGUGCAGCUGGUGUUUCUGAAAUAGACGCCUUAACAGGUCAAUGAUGAAAGAGCACAAGGUGUGGGUGAAGAGGAUUUGUCUUCAAGCGGAUUUUCGAGCAUGGGAAGAAGAUAUUCAGCUGCACCAGAUAAUAGUAUGUAUCUUGAUAGGGAUACUAAUAAUUCACGAGAAGGAAAUUUUAUCACAUUUUUAAGUCCCAGAGCUGAAGAACAUGGAAGUGCCAGUAAAGAUGGAUCUCCAGUAGUUGAGGUUCCGGGCACUCAAAACUCACUUCCUGUUUUUGGUAAUGGAAUAUAUCUGAGCUUGGAUGACAAAAGUGACUCGGGAGAUUUGGAGAGUGACAGAAUAGAGACCAAUGAGGUUGUUGGCGAUGAUUUAUCGUCUUCUGAAUUUCCAACAUUAUGGAAUGUUUCUUAUGUUUUAGAUGAUACUCCAAGUUGUUCAGACAAAGAGGCUGACAAUGUUGUGGCGGCGAAAAAUGACGAUGUCAAUGAUGUAGGCAAAGAUGCCUCAUUGUCAAGUGGUGUUCAUCCUUAUGAACAACACUACACCAGUCCAGUUCUCAAUUAGAGAGGCCAUGCUGAUGUGAAUGUUGGGACCUUGUUUACUCUUCAUCCAGAUGACGUAAUCUCCAAUGAAGGGAUUUGUCAGAAUCAGCUGAUGGAUGGUGUGGCUAAUUACCGUUUGGGCGGUCUUGAUCAUAGCUUAGUUAAAUCAGAUGACAAGGAUCGGUUGUUAGGACUUUCUUCUGUCACAUCGAGCAUAGAAGAAAAGACAACCAGAUUUAUUCAAGAUGGACUCUUGGAUGCAGUGGAUGAUAAUAGGGAUGAUAUUCCAAAUGAAAGUCCUCAAAAAGAAUAUACAGGAACACAUGAUCUGGAAAAUAUCCGGUUGACAAUCACCAGCAGCGAGCACAUAAGAUACAGCCAGAGAAAUGCAAGUAUGACAUCAAAUGGAAACGCCAUACACAUAGAAGAGAUUACCCAUGCUGCAACAGUGGACAGUUUUGACAGGAACAAUGGCUGGGGAAAUGAAAAUUCUGACCAACACAAGGAUCUACAUGAAGAGACCGGGAAAAGGGAAAAUCAGGUUGAAAUCGAUCGUUUAAAGUUUAUGCUGCAUGAAAAGGAGCUAAAACUGUCAACGUUGAAGGAGCAGAUUGAAAAGGAAAAGCUAGCUCUUUCAGAUCUUCAAAGAAAGGCUGAAACAGAGAUCAACAAGGCCCAAAAGCUAAUCUCAGAGAAGGAUGCUGAACUCCAAGCAGCUGAAGAAAGUCUAUUGGGAUUGCAAGAGGUUGAGAUUGGAUACUGUGGAGAUGGUAAUGUUGUGGAGGUGACGGGCAGCUUCAAUGGCUGGCUAAACCAUGUUGAAAUGGAACUUCAGCCAUCCAAGUCAAUCGGGAAACAGAAAUUUUGGUCGACAUUACUGUGGUUGUAUCCGGGGAAAUACGAGAUAAAGUUCAUCGUGGACGGGAAAUGGAUGAUUGAUCCUCGGAAAGAAGUCAUCACAAAGGGAAACAUCUCCAACAACUUCAUCAAAGUGGAUAUAUGAGCUCUCUUUCACAUAAUCUUGUAGCCCAAGACCUGACCCGAUCAUCGUAUUCCUGAACCGAACUUACUCUCAGGUACGUCUCUCGGGUUCUACUAACUCUGGAUUUAGCACUCUGAUGAGUUUGAUAGAUGUUCAGCUUGGAAGAGGCGGCAAAGAUUUCUAGAUUUUAGCAUUGUUUUUAGAAGCAUAGUUAAGUGCGUUGGUUUUGUUAUAAGAGUUGGAUUCUUGCAAGAAACAGAACUAGGCUUAGUAGUAUUAGUUGAAAUAAACAAAUGCCUCCGUUUUUUUCUCUCUAUCGGUUCAAUUACGGAAGGGCCGACUUGGCUCAGCGAUAAAACCAUUUACCGUGAGGUCGCGGGUUCGAAUCCAUCUCUCUAAAUAAAAUGUAGGGGUAAGAUGGUCUAAGUAUAUUUCAUUUACCAACACCCCACUAGA